AAUAAUAAUAAUAAUAAUAAUAAUAAUAAUAAUAAUAAUACAUUAAACUUAUAUAGCGCUUCUCAAGAUACUCAGGCGCUUUUCAACUAAUCAGAUGACAAUAACAGUCAGGUGAGUGAGCAGGAAGCCCGGCUGGCAGGUGCUGGUGUCAGCGACGCUGUCCACCGUAGUGGAAUGCAGACAAGUCACGCCGGCUGGCGAGAGCCGAGCUGGACCUCAGGAGACGCGGAAGAAUGGUCGGGAGCUGAGUUCGCUGAACGUAUGUUCACGACUCACAACCGAAGCUGGGUGUUCGAGAGUUUGCUGAGAGAGAGCGAUAGCCCUUCUCUAUGGCAUCCAAUCGUAAUGGAGGUGAAAAAAGGAAGCGGGCUAACUUCGUGGCGCAUGAAAGCGACCCUCGACUCGUCCCCACAACUUUCUCCGACCACCUCGUGCCAUUAUCACCCACCCCAAGCACCAGUGAGUGUCGGACCGAAACAAAAUGACCAAGGGGUGGGUUCCUCUUUUGCUGUUGGCUCUGGUGCACCUGAUCUGCGCCAGACCGGACUACAGCGAUCACCAGCCAAGAUCAGGUUCAAGUUUGGCGAAGUAUACCAUGGGCACCCUUUCCAGGUUUUCCUGGUGGCUGGAUGAAACGUUGUCAGGGCUUGGUGACACUCGCAAGUUCACACCGACCGCUAGAGAACCUGCUCUCAGUCCCGCUCUGGAAAACAUACGCCCGGAACAACCACCCAUCAAAAGGGCUCUGAGGGGGUCAACGGGUUUCUUGAGAAGCGCGCAAGAAGCCAGAUCCAUGGAUUUUGAAGAAACCAACCUGGACUGGAAGUGGUGGAACGGCUACCUCCCGGAUGGGGCCGUGUCAAUCUACAACUCAUAUUCCCAACGCGUGGACUACAUCUGUAAGGUGAGCUGCCAAUCGGGCUACUACGACUCCACUAGCAGCAACCCUGCCUGCUCCUACACCUUGGACGGGGCGGGGUACACCUCUACGCAGUUUUAUCUGCUGGUCAACAAAGACAGCUUUGAGAUUCUGGAGUGGAAAGAGGGCUCCGACGGUUCAGUCACAGCCAAUUCUAUUAGGACCUGUGCCAACGAAGACAUUUACGUUGGGAAGAAUGAGUACGGAUUGGGGGAAGUGAAGGUUCGCGACAAGAAGUUCCACCUUCCCUGGGGCGGAAGCUGUUAUUCGUACGGUACUUACCAGGUCCUGGAGACAUACAAAGACAUCGUGAGAGAGCACUUGAUGGACGUCAUGUACCAAACAGCGGGCGUCACCCCCUUAAAGUAUCCCCCUGAGGUGUUGAACAAGGGCACAAUAUUCAACUACGAGUGCCAGACCCUCAACCACAUGACCACCCUCUCCAAGACCGUCGUGUCAUCCAGCAAAUGGGAGAUCAACUUCUCAGUCACAGUGGGAGUCGGCACCACCAUCGUGACCAAAAUCCCCUUUAUACUCAAAGGGCAGAUUUCCUUCAAUUCCGCCUUCACCUAUAAAUUGACCAAAGAGAGCACCUAUACCGAAACCACCAUCCACGCUCUGACGCUGGAAACCGUGGUGCCCGUCAGCCACUCAUGCACGAUCGAAAUGCUAGGGAAGAAGUACGGAUUGGACAUCCCGUUCACUGCGCGCCUCAAGCGCACCUACCGUAAUGGGGAGACCACGUGGACCACCAUCACUGGGACCUUCAGGGCCGUCCAGAUAUCGGAGGUCCAAGCUGACAUGGAACGCUGUGAACUUCUCCCUGAUGUUAAGCCUUGUUAAGGUGUUCGGCUGUGUGUGAAACUGCAAUAAAAAUAAUGUACACCAUGAACCUGCUUCAGCUUUUAUUAAAGUAAUGAACACAUCCAUCCAUUCACCCAGUGCACCCCUGACAAUCAAUUACCAGGGUAUGCACAGAGACACUUUCAAUUUCACAUCCUCCAUUUAUCCAACCAUUCUUUCAUACA